UCACCUGACUGUACUUCCGCAUUGACACGACUACUGUUUAUGAAUGGUAGUACUGCAGCUGUAGUAAUGGACGGUACAGGUGUGAAGGCUGUACUGUUUGACCUGGACAACACGCUGAUAGAAACGAGCCGUGCAGGUGCAGAGGCGAUACGACAGACCAGUGAGUUGUUGAAGAGCACGUUGUCCCUCGAUGACUCGACAAUCAGCAUCAUUUCUGACAAGUUCAAACAGAAGCUGUUCCAGGAGAGUUUCGAGCCAUUAGCUGGCAGGUCCAUCGAUGAGGUCCGAGUGGGUCACUGGGAGGAGAGCAUCCAGGAGGCUGUGGGCAGCUGUUCGUCCCCGUCUCUGGCAGCUCAGUGUUACAACCUGUGGAAGAACAGCCGCCUGCAGGCUCUCCAUCUGUCCCCUGAAAUCUGCGACCUCCUGAGACAGCUGCGGCGCAGGUACAAGCUGCUGCUGCUGACCAACGGGGAAACUCAGACCCAGAGAGAGAAGGUGGAGGCAGUCGGCUGUGAGGAGUUUUUUGAUGCCAUCGUGAUUGGUGGAGAGCAUGUGGAGCAGAAACCAUACGUCUCCAUCUUCACUCUUUGUUUCAACAUGCUGGAGGUGAAGGCCAAGGACUGCAUCAUGGUGGGAGACUCUCUGGAUACGGACAUUCAGGGGGGGGUUAACUCUGGAGUCAGGGCUACAGUUUGGAUCAGCAGAGCAGGAGGAGCUGUCCCUGAUGGUUCAGUCAGGCCGGACUACACCAUCCCUACAGUACUGGACCUCCCUGUUAUUCUGGAUCAGCUGAACUGAGGACGCAGAGUGACCGGAACACUAAGUAUAAUAAAGACGUCUGUGACUAUGAGAGGGAUUAUUUAAUUAUGACUAUAUGGGAGGUGGAUAUGAUGAUCACUUACAGCUUUCAAUAAUGCUGCAUUUUAUUUGUUCCUGUAUUCUGUAUUUCUGAUUUGGGGAUUCUACUUUAGUUACUGGUACUGUAAGCUUCUGAUACACUGCACUGGAAGAAGGGACUGUCCAAUCUGAGAUUUUCAAGGCUGAUACAAACACUGAUUUAAGAAAGAAAAAAAAUCACAGAUUCUGGCCAACAGUAAAAUAAAAAGCUAGAAGUGAACUGGACCUUU